AUGCCCUUCACCGAGUUCGUCGUCCCAACAUUGAAGACAGAUCCCGUAACGGAAGCAACAUUCACCACCGAGAUCGCACCCAUUCUCAUCACAAUCCUUGAAACACAUGCCACUCCUCCCAAGUCCAAAUACUUCGGGAAGAUUCUCCUCGAGAAUGGCAAUGAUGUGUCGGGGGACUUCAGACUUUGCGUUGGGCUUGAGUGGGAAGACGCCUCGCAUUUCAACACCUUUGUCGCAUCAGACAAUUUCCAGAACUUCAAAUCCAUCGUGAAGCCUCACUCUGUUGCACCGCCAGUCCCACAGCUAUAUAACACGGAUUUCGGGCCGAGUGAGGUGUUUGGGAGUGCAUUGACGGAGGUGUGGCAGGUGAAGAUCGGGGAGGGGGAUGAGAAAGUAGUGGAGGCCAAGGGGACGUGGGAGAAGUUUGUUAGUGCGGUUGCAGAGGCGGGUGGUGUGAAUGAGAAUGGCGAUAGUAUUCAAGGGACGAGUCUAAAUCUAGAGGAGAAGAGAUGA